CAUUUUGCCUCCAGCCGCCCUCGCUACGUCACCGUCAGCCCACAAUUUAGCGGAGCUCGCGCUCUCCUCGCCUUCCCCUUCUUCCUCUCCACGAGCGGUGCCGGAGGAGCCCGCCGCCGCCGCUUAAGACCCGCCCCUGGCCCUCCUUCCCCGCCGGCCUCUACAGCGUGACUGAGCCGCUGCCUCUUCCUUCCUUCUCCUCCUUCGCUCUUGCCGGGAUCCAUCGCUCGCUGCCUGAAGUUGCCCGAGGACGCGAGGAAGGUGAAGCGCGGAUCCUGCCCACGAGCCCUUCGCGCAGGAGCCAGCCAAGGCCAGGUGUUAAAAUGGAAUCCCUGGAUACAACAAUCAAUAGCUACCUGGAUGUUUGGCUUGGGCCAAGAGAUCCCAGAGUAAAAGGAUGGUUUCUCUUGACGAACUACAGGCCUACCUUUCUCUUCUCUGUCUUAUAUUUAUUAAUUAUAUGGCUAGGACCAAAGUAUAUGCGGAACCGACAGCCGUUUUCAUCCAGGGGAAUUUUAGUGGUCUACAAUAUUGGACUUACUCUCCUGUCCCUGUAUAUGUUUUAUGAGCUGGUGACAGGAGUAUGGGAAGGAGGAUACAAUUUCUUCUGUCAGGAUACGCACAGUGGAGGUGAAGCCGAUAUGAAGAUUAUACGGGUCCUCUGGUGGUAUUACUUCUCAAAGUUCAUCGAAUUUAUGGAUACUUUCUUCUUUAUAUUACGGAAAAAUAACCACCAAAUCACCAUUCUUCAUGUGUACCACCAUACAACUAUGUUGAAUAUUUGGUGGUUUGUUAUGAACUGGGUGCCUUGUGGCCACUCAUAUUUUGGUGCCACUCUUAACAGCUUUAUUCAUGUCCUCAUGUAUUCCUACUAUGGACUGUCUGCUAUCCCAUCUAUGCGUCCAUAUCUCUGGUGGAAGAAAUACAUCACUCAGGGGCAGCUGAUUCAAUUUGUUCUGACAAUCAUCCAGACAAGCUGUGGGGUCGUUUGGCCUUGUCGGUUCCCUAUGGGAUGGUUAUACUUCCAAAUUGGUUAUAUGAUCUCCUUGAUUAUCCUUUUCACAAAUUUCUAUGUCCAGACUUACAACAAAAAAGCAGCCUCCAGAAGGAAAGAAUAUCAGAAUGGGUCUGCAGCUGCUAUGAACGGGCACACAAAUAGCUUUUCUUCUUUUGGGAACAAUGUGAAGCAAAUAAAACAAAGGAAGGAUUGAAGACCAAACUGAAAAACUAUUCUGAUAUCCCAGGCAACAACAACAAAAUAUGAUUGUAAGCACAAUAUGUGUUGUGCACUGAUAACUCUUGACAGCUACUGUAACUAUUCCUGCCUAGAAUAGUGUCGAUUUAUGUAGGAUUUAACCAGUGCAAAACAUCCUAGAAACUAUCCAUAAGCUAAAGUUGAUGACGUUGAUAAUCCUGGAUGAUCAUAGACUGAAGCAUAAAAUGUGGAAGGAAGUAUUAUUGUAGUAUGACAGACACUGCUGUUGCCUUACUAGUUGAUAUAAUAGGUGCUGAAUUAGGAUUCACGAUUCCAAAACUGUAAUUCAGACUCAUAUUUUUAACUGUAGAUAGUGCAUGUUACUGUAAUUUGUAUGACAAAAUUCAGUUUGUUUGUUUUUUUCCAGUAGUUUAAAACACACAUGCCUUAAAUCAAAAUAAAAGCAGGGCCUAAAAUCUAAUUACCAGUUUGGAAAUGUAUGGAACUGUUUCAUUCUAAGAGGGCAGCUUCUCAAAUGGCAUUUUAUGCCCUGGUACGGAUACCAAAUGUUGCAGAAGCACAGGGUCAUUAAUGAAAAGUUCACAUACAUGUAUACAUGUGGGUCUCCCCGCGUGUUCAAGCGAAUAGCCUCAUUUCCUGUGGAGGGAUUAUAUUUCCAAAUCGGCGAUAGGAUCUCCUUAAUUGACCCUUUUCAUAAAUGGCUAUCUUCAGGUCUAGAAAAUAAAAAUGUCUAUCUACCAUACAAGUGGUAACUCAGAAAGGUAGGGCAAUCCCCUGUAAAUCCUUCACACACGCAGUAUGCUGUGCAUCUCCUUCAGCCCAGGUGCAACGUUGUUUAAUUCCUUUCACAAAUCAAAAGAGAUGCCGUGGGCUGUCUAGGACGUGUGAAAGCGGACAUGCUCAAAGGCGCUCACCCUUCUAUAUAUGCUCUGUUUGAAAUGACACCAGUGCUAAAAAGAAAAAAAUAUAUAGCCAUUUAGUUUGGUCAGGACUUGUUCUUUUUCUUGUAACAAUUCUGCAGCAGUUCACCUUUUAAAAGUAAUUUUUUUCCCUCUCCAUUAACUUCUAAUAAGUCAUGGAAACUGCGUGUUUGCUUUGGCAGUGUCUAGAAUGGGAUGCUGACUCUCUCUAAGCAUUGCAGGAUGCUUAGGGAGGCUAGCCUGCUACCUUUCUCCCACCAAACGUUCCCAGUGUUGCAUCCUGAAAAUUGUUGCUCUUUCUUUUCAAAACGACUGGCGACAUCUCAGAUGAAACCAGCUGCCUCGUUCCCCUUGAGGAAGGCCCAGCGGGUUCUUUUCCCAUUUCAUCACCGAGUCUUUCCCUCGCUUGAAAAAAAACCAUAGACUGAGUCUUCAGGUUGGACCGUGGUGAGCCAAGGAAAGGGAUCGUGAUUAAAUUGUGAAGCAGAUCUCUGAAAAUAGCAGAUGUUGAGCAACAGAUUCUCAUGAACCUACAGCAUUGUUUCAACCACACUUCAAAUCUGUUUCUGGGCAAAUCUAGCCCUUGCCCUGUUUUUCCUAGUUUUUGCCAAUUGGUUGUAAUUGCAAUUUUAAGAAACCUUUGGGAUGAACCCUGGCUUCCCUCUCCCCUCCUUCCUCUGCAGUAUUGAAGCCAGAGUUUACUUGAGAAUGAAUAGUGUGGAGAAGAGAAGGCUACAUCUGUUAAGGGAAACUUUUCUGCAAAAUAGGGGAUCUGUCCCAGUGCAAAUAGGAAACCUUCCAUUCAUAAAAGCAACUCCUGGAUCCAACUCAUUGACUUUAGAAAUGUGCCUCUAGUAAAUGUUUUCCAGUUUUUGCCUUUUCAGAGUGUUGCGUUAGCUCAUAUCAGACUAUAGUUAUAUGACAAAUUCUUGGAACAAAAUGAGGUUUGUUUCCUUUCGUCCAUUUCUUCUCUGGUUCCUUGUGUCGUCGGGCAUUUGUUUGGGAAAUGCUUGUUGAAAUCUCUGUUGUAACUGUUCCCUCCCACACACAAACCACACAGAGAUAUAUACAGUGUUGGUUGAUAAGCAGGUAUCUGUAAAGAAAUAUACUGUGUAGAAUGGUGGCGUUUUAAUCUGUUAACAUGCUAAUCUGUACUUUGUAUCAAGCCAUUCCCGCUGUCCUUGUCUGUCCAAAUUUAUAUAUUCAGAGUUUUAUGAUUUUAUAUUUAUACAGAUAUGAGUUUACCAUGUUCUUGCUCAGCUAAUGUUUGAGACUAAUUAUUAGUUCUCUUUAUUAGCUUUGCAAAUUCGAUUUGUUUCUUCUUCAGUCAAUCCCUCCCUUUCCCCCCCACCCUCUCCUGUUUCUGAAUGAGACAGCACUGAUUUACUUUGUGUGUGUGCCUCUAAGUGUGUCUGUGUGUGUGUGCGUGUUUAAUGUUCUCAAAACUUAUAUGUACAUGUCUUGGUUUCUAGGUAUUGAUUUACAAAGUUUUCACAUAUUUCAUACAGCAGCUUUACCAUUCAAACAAAAUAUGCUGUCUAAAUAUGUGUGUGCUAAAAAUUUAAAAAAAAAACUUAAGCUUGUCAGAAAUACCUGCAUUGUUAUGUUUUGUGUUUAAUCAUUAAAUCAUUCUUGAUA